AUGACGACUACAUACCCAUAUCCAACCCCUUCCGCCACCCCACCCCACGAUUCUCCAUUACAACCUACAGUCCUCGUCUCCUCGAGAGCAGUCAUCUUUGACGAGAAUGACAAUCUCAUUGUCUCGCCUGCAACCAUCACAAUCUCACCCUCGACCGGCAAGAUUAUAUCCAUCUUACCUACCGUUCUCCCACCCUCUAGUUUUCCACCAAACACAAUUUAUGUCGACCACACUCCUCAUCUGAUCCUUCCGGGAUUAGUCGAUGCACAUGUUCAUCUUAAUGAGCCGGGUCGAACCGAGUGGGAAGGUUUCAAUACCGGUACCAAAGCUGCUGCAUCAGGUGGUGUCACAACAGUCAUUGAUAUGCCAUUGAAUGCAAUCCCACCAACUACAACCAUUAAUGGAUUACAAGAAAAGAUUAAGGCUGCACAAGGUCAAUGCUGGGUUGACGUUGGAUUCUAUGGUGGAAUUAUACCUGGUAAUGCUGAGGAGUUGCUUCCGCUUGUUGAAGCGGGUGUCAGGGGCUUCAAGGGCUUCCUCAUAGAGAGUGGCGUCGAUGAAUUCCCUGCCGUCUCUUCCGAUGAUAUAGCCCUCGUUCUCAAGACACUCAAAGAUGCUUCUACAACUCUCAUGUUCCAUGCGGAAAUGAUUCCACCAAUAACAGCCUCCGUAGGUGAUGACGUCCAAAUAUCCCUCCCACCUCUCCAACCAUCAGGACCUCUGACAGCAUACGAUACAUUCCUAUCCUCCCGCCCUCCAUCUUUCGAAACAUACGCGAUUGAUCAAAUCCUCUCGCUUGCCCAUCUCGCUCCUUCUCUUCAUCUUCACAUCGUACACCUUUCCGCCAUUGAAGCUAUCCCUCUCCUCCGCGCCGCUCGUUCAUCUGGCAUAAACAUUACCGCGGAGACUUGUUUCCACUACCUCGCUCUUGCAUCUGAAGAUGUAUCCGAAGGUGACACCCGUCAUAAAUGCUGCCCACCUAUUCGUUCUUCAGCCAACCGUGAUGGCCUCUGGAACGAACUCUCACACCCGGAAUCCGUCAUCAAAACUAUCGUUAGCGAUCACAGCCCAUGUACUCCUGAACUCAAACUCCUACCCGAGCAUUUAUCCCAUGGCUGUGGCGCCAUGCGCGACGAUGCUAAAGGAGUGAAUGGUGCAUUAUUGAAAGAUCAAGAAGCCAAAGAAAAGGGUGAUUUUUUCGCCUCUUGGGGAGGUAUCUCUUCGGUUGGACUCGGUCUUCCAAUUCUCUGGACAGAAGCCACAUCUCCUUCUCGCGCUGCAUCUUCUUCUUCGAUCGAUAUCCUUGAUAUCGUGAGGCUAUGCGCUGUGAAUACGGCCAAGCAAGUCGGACUUCAACAUCGCAAAGGAGCGCUGAGACCAGGGUUAGAUGCGGAUAUUUGUAUCUUUGAAGAUAAUCACGAGUGGCUUGUAGGCAGAGAAGAAUUGCUUUUUAGAAACAAAGUCAGUCCGUAUACCGGAAAGACUAUGAAGGGGAGAGUAAAGGAAACAUGGGUUAGGGGAACUAAGGUUUAUGAAAGGGGGGUCGGAGAUAUGAAUGGAAUGGUAGUUAGGAAGGAAGGUCCUGUUGGAAGGUUGCUUUUGGAAAAGAGAACUGUUUAA